CUCCAAACAACUGCCACAACUGCAGCUCCAACAACAACAACCACAACAGCUGCUCCAACAACAACUUCCACAACUGCAGCUCCCAAUAACUACCACAACUGCAGCUCCAACAACAACAACCACAACAGCUGCUCCAACAACAACUUCCGUAACUGCAGCUCCAACAACUACCACAACGGCAGCUCCAACAACUACCACAACGGCUGCUCCAACAACAACUACCACAACUGCAGCUCCAACAACUACCACUACGGCUGUUCCGACAACUACCACAACUCUCCAACAACUACCACAACUGCAGCUCCAACAACAACAACCACAACAGCUGCUCCAACAACAACUUCUACAACUGAAGCUCCAACAACUACCACAACUGCAGCUCCAGCAACAACAGCCACAACAGCAGCUCCAACAACAACUACCACGACGGCUGCUCCAACAACAACUACCACUACGGCUGCUCCAACAACUACCACAACGGCUGCUCCAACAACUUCCACAACGGCAGCUCCAAACAACUACUACCACAACAGCUGCUCCAACAACAACUACCACAACGGCUGCUCCAACAACUACCACAACGGCUGCUUUAACAACAACUACCACUACGGCUGCUCCAACAACUACCACAACGGCAGCUCCAACAACUACCACAACUGCUGCUCCAACAACAACUACCACAACUGCUGCUCCAACAACUCUACCACCACGGCUGCUCCAACAACAACUACCACAACGGCUGCUCCAACAACUACCACAACGGCUGCUCCGACAACAACUUCCACAACAGCAGCUCCAAUAACAACUACCACAACGGAAGCUCAAACAGCAACCACAACUGCAGCUCCAACAACAACUACCACAACUGCACCUCCAACAACAACUACCACAACGCCUGUGCUGGAUCCAAAAAUAGAAAUUGUUAUCUGUGAAAAACACGCUUGCGGUGGAUGUCCGACUCAAGCUACAUGUGAAGCUCCGAAUAGUGCGAAAAACCCGUCCUCUGUGUCAAAGUGCAUAUGUGGCCAAGGUUAUGUAAUGAAUACGGGUGACACCAAGUGUUUGGAAAACAGAAUAUCACCGUUUUCCAGCGACAAUAAAGCGCCGUCUAACGACGCCUACAGUGCUUAUUACGUAUUUCCGGUCUCCCUUCGUAUUGGACAACUGUACGCCAGUUCUGUCUACGCGACAAUGUCGGGUACUAUAGUUUUGUCUCCAGUACGGAACACAAAUAGUGGACAUCCGAAGGCCUUCUCUAACCCACCACUUCCGAGUAACAACUACAUAAUGAAUAGUAACCAGGAAAUAUGUAUUAUUGCGCCCUAUCACGCCAAUUUACAGCAGUCAAGUCAAACUGAUUCGGGCCUCUACACACAAUUACACACGGACAGCUCCUCAGUUCAGACGGUAAAAGAUAAGAUUCAGGGGUAUCUCCCUUCAGGUUUUAAUCCCACAGUUGCAUUUGUUGCGACUUGGAAUCGCAUGAAGAAAACCAACACAAGCGACCAAUUGACGAUAACUUUCCAAGCGUUUUUAUUGUCGGAUUCCAAGAUUACAUAUACAGCGUUUAUCUACCAAGAUGGGGAAAUGAAGUUCAGUAUACCUCUAAGUCAGCCGGCUUUAGUCAACUACCCGGUCAAGGUCGGACUUCAAAUUUUGACCAGCACAUCUAACACGGAAAUUUACAAGUUUGAUUACUCUCAGCUGCCUAUUGCAAACGUGGCAUCGAAACCAUUUAUAGAAAAUAUUGACCAAGUCAGUCAAUUAUACGACGGUUUUUCAAACAAUGCAGCAAGUCUGAUAAGUAAAAGACAAGCAAAUGGAAUUGUAACUUAUUCAAAUGGCCAAAGCGUGCCUUCAUAUGGAAAAAGAGGUGUAUUUGUGUUUGUUAUAAGCGCAGAAACAGAACAUCCGGUUGCCACUUGUCAAACUUGGCUUGAUGCUAAGUCUGCGCUCACUACAACUUCGUAUACUAAAUGUCCGGGAACUUUCGCCCAAAUGCCGCAAAGUUUACUAGCAAACCCAAGGACAAUCAAAACUACCGAAAAUAACAUUGACUACUAUUUCAUUCCUGAGAAAGAUUCGCAAACUAUGGGGAAAGUUUGCGGUUACAUGUCAGAUGAUACGUUUUUGGACCCCACAAACCAUGUUGCCUAUAACGGAAAAACUUUGUACAGAUUGAACACAAACGACGCCAAUGAGCAGACGUCAUACGAAGCUUGCUGUAUUCAGGGUCCGACCCUUUCCUCAGCUAAUCUCUGCAAUCAGUAUCUUGCCACACGGCCUGCUUGUACGAGUGAGAACUUCCAGGCAGGAGCGUCGGGUGGUGGCCAAGGGGAUCCGCAUAUUCAGACGCUAGAUGGACACAGCUAUACAUUCAAUGGUCGCGGAGAAUACUAUCUUGUGACCGGAAACGACUUCAUACUGGAAGCUCGUUUUACUAGUUUAGAGGUUGAUGGGUCGCCUAGUGACGCAACAGUCGUAUCGUCUGUUGUCGCAAAGCAGACGGCACCAGAAUCAGACGUCGUGGAGCUGAGACUUAACACUGCUGGAGAUGAUGUCGAGCCAUACGUUAACGGAGUCCUUGUGACAACGUUAACCACGUCAACACCGACAACAACAAACCAUUUCGUGCUACAGAAAACAGCUGAAGGUGUUUAUAGAAUGGUCUUUUUCAGCGGCAUUCUAGUAAACGUUAAACCAGCAAACAAUCUUCUCGGUGUUACGCUUGGGCUAGGAGCCGAGGGGUGGACGGGGCAAAUUAAAGGUUUGAUGGGAAAUUACAAUGGCGACAUAACAGAUGAUUUUGUUCUUCCGGAUGGUUCCAGUGCCGGGAACCCAACAACCCUGACAGAGCAGCAAGUCUACACACAGUUCGGGAACCAGUGGCGUGUGGACGUAGCCGAUUCCUUGUUUACGUAUAAAAGCGGAGAAUCUUGGGCCUCGAUAAACGACUUGACCUUUACCCCGAUAUUCUUUAACUCGGACCUAACCGUCAUGUUUCCGGAUGCAACAGAGCGUACUUCCGCCCAGAAUUUAUGCUAUGAGGAUGGUCAGACUGACCCGGACCCAGCGUUGAGGAGAGAGUGCUAUUUCGAUUUUGCAGUGACAAAAGAUGCUACAUUGGCAUUGAGUACUUCAGAAAAUUUGCAAGCCGUUGCCGAAGAGCAGGUAGCAUUAGCUAACUUCCCUCCAGUUUUCAAAAAUGGUGGAAAUCCAGUUCAGCUUAUUUCCGGUCAGUCGUACAGUUCCAUUAUAACCUUGACAGCAGACGACCAAAAUGGCGACACCGUGACUUUUUCUGUUGUUUCCGGUUCUGCGUCAGGUGUCAGCGUUGUGUCGGGAAGCGGACUGGUUUCCUUUGCUAAUGUUCCUGACACGACACCGUUUUCAAUCAAAAUAGCAGCUUCAGAUGGAAAAGUGCAAACAAUCUGGGAACCAAAGAUUCAGUACUGCGCAUGCCAGAAUUCAGGCGUGUGUGAUUUUAGUCAGACCUCGGAUAACAUAUUCUUCACUGUACCAUGUCAAUGCACGGCCGGUUGGGAAGGUGCAUUUUGUGAAACCGAUGUGGAUGGAUGCGCAGACAACCCUUGUUUUACUGGUGUGGCUUGUUCAGACGUACCAGCCAAUCAGAUUGCAAGUAAACCAGCAGGAUUUGAGUGCGCCGCAUGUCCGAUUGGUUUAGCCGGGAAUGGCGAGGAAUGUCACGACUUCAACGAGUGUUUAAAUGACCCAAGCAUAUGUAGUCAGACUUGCACUAAUGAAGUUGGUGGAUACAGUUGUUCGUGUGGGGCGGGAUAUCUCAUUGGCGACGAUCUCUCGUCUUGUAUUGAUAUUAACGAGUGUACACGAGGAUUAGCAGACUGUGAUAGUGUAGCCACGUGCGCAAAUACAGCAGGAAGUUUUACAUGCACGUGUAUGGCGGGCUACUCGGACACCGGAUCGGGGAAAACCGGUCAAUGUCAAGAUAUUGACGAAUGCAGCACACUGACUGACCCCUGUCCUGCUAAUAGCCAGUGCGCAAACACAGCUGGUUCCUAUGUGUGCACGUGCGAUACUGGGUACCAAUUUAAUACUGUGACGGACUUAUGCGAGAAUAUUGAUGACUGUGCACUUCAAACAGAGUGUUCACAAUUAUGUGAGGACGGUGUGAACACAUACACGUGCAAGUGUCGGAGUGGUUUCACAGCGGCCGCAGGGGGAGUGUGCAACCCGGAUACCACGUGUGAUAGUACACAAGCAGCUACCUGUAACGGUGGUGACUUCUCUAUAGCCACGUGCGCCGUGGCGAAUGGUGACGUAAUAUGCGCGUGUAAAAGCGGCUACGCCCUUGACUCUAGCAACAACUGUGUCGAUAUAGAUGAAUGCUCAGCUGGUACAGACGCUUGUGAAGACGCCAGCUGCACCAAUACAGUCGGUGGCUAUACAUGCACGUGCAAUUCCGGGUUUACUUUUAAAACAGGCUCGAGUUAUAUAUGCGAAGAUAUAAAUGAAUGUUCGUCAAGUUCAACUAAUGACUGUGAAUCACCUGCCACGUGCGUGAAUAACCCGGGAAGUUACACAUGCAGUUGUCCCAGCGGUUACACAGUGUCUGGAUUAGGCUGUGCAAAUAUCGAUGAAUGUGCUGACCCUACAACUAAUGACUGUGACCCGGAAGAGGGACAAUGCGCGGACACGCCCGGAAGUUACACAUGUUCAUGUAUUGCCGGUUACACUGGGGAUGGAUUUUUAUGCUCAGAUUUGAACGAAUGCAACGAAAAUGACCGAGGAGGUUGCGAGCAGGGUUGCGUUAAUUCUAAAGGCUCAUAUACUUGUUUCUGUGGUAACGGUUAUGUUUUAAAUGGUGAUGGCAAAACAUGUGAUGAUGUGGAUGAAUGUGCCUCAUCAUCGACCAACGACUGCUAUGAUAACUCCCACUGUACAAACAUUGCCGGUGGCUACACAUGCAGUUGCCCGGCCAACUUCAUUCUAAAAGCAGACGGCAGGACGUGUGACUCUGUAGACAAAUGCGAUCCGAGCAACACUUGUGAAUAUGCUUGUAAUAAAGUCAACGGCGCGGAUGUGUGCACAUGUGCAAAAGGGUACCAGCUUAACUCUGACGCCACCACGUGCAGCGAUAUUAACGAGUGUGCAACAGAAGGGGCUACAUUAUGUCCGUCUGCUAAUAACGUAGUUUGUCAGAACACUGAUGGAAGUUACAAAUGUAAAUGUGCAGACGAGAACCAAUAUCAGCAAAUUGAGGAGAAUAAGUGCAAAGAUAUUGACGAGUGUUUAACAGGUGUUUGCGACAGUUUAGCUAACAGUAAAUGUAGUAAUCAAGACCCAGGAUAUGAGUGUGUAUGUUUGACGGGCUAUACACUUAACCAAGGAACCUGUGACGAUAUAAACGAGUGCACCAAUGGCGAUGCUGCUUGUCACUCUACUCUUGCCACGUGCACAAAUAUAAAUGGCGGAUACACGUGUGCUUGCAAUUCUGGUUACCAAGGCAACGGCAUAACUUGUACAGAAAUCGAUGAGUGUUCAUUGGGCACUCAUGACUGUGACCCGGUCGGUUCUUGCACGAACACUGCAGGCAGCUUCACGUGUUCGUGUCCCAGUGGUUACACGUUGGCGUCUGAUCAGAAGACAUGUAAUGAUAAUAACGAAUGUACAGCUGGUACGGACGGAUGUGCGGACACUUGUGUGAACACAAUUGGAGGCUUUACCUGUACAUGUCAGCCAGGCUUUACCCUUGCUGCAGACCAGAAAAGUUGCACAGUUGAGGUGCAAUGUGAUUCGGCGUUUGAAGCUCUUUGCGAAUCGGGAUGCGCACGCAUCUCUGGUACUGACACGUGCACCUGUAAUGGCGGAUUCACCUUAAACGCUGAUGGAAAGGCGUGCGACGAUAUAAAUGAAUGUUCAACACAGUCUCCGUGCGAUCCAACGAGAGGUGCAUGUACAAACACAGUGGGUGGUUAUACAUGUGCUUGCCAGGAUGGCUAUACCCUAGGCACAAAUAACGCUUGUAAUGAUCGUGAUGGCGGACUCUCAUUUUGGAGUCAAUGGUCUGACUGCUCGGUCACGUGCGGUAGUGGUGUAAAGACUCGAACCCGAAGUUGCACAAACCCUACAGUGCAGGGUAAUGGUGCUCCUUGCACCGGGGACACUACUGCAACAACUGUGUGUACACUAGAGGCUUGUGCAGUUUCUACACAAGAAAAGGAGCACGGUGUAUCAAUAGCUUUCUCAGGAAUCACAAUUACACAGUUCACAGAAGUAAAGUCCCAAUUUAGGUCAAGCGUUGCCGGAGCUGUAAAUUCAUACUGUAAUCAGAACGAGGCUACUGCAAGAUAUUGCUGCGGUGAUAGCCUUACAUAUAGCUCAACAACGUCAAAGUUAUUUAUAACCUCAGAUGACGUAAUUAUUAGUGACGGGUAUCCGACGGUUGAUAAUGACGGUAAUGUUGUUGUGGUGUUUGUCCUUCGUUAUGACUCAACGAAUGAGUUAUGCUCAUCAGGGUCGGCGAGUCGACGGAAAAGGGCAAUAACUCUUUCAAGUACGCAGAGUCUGAUGACGCAAACAACGCUUUUGCAAUUGAUUGAUUCACGGCAAACUGUGAUAGUUACAACCUUCACGACACAGAUACAGUCUGCGACCGGGUCCACGUUAACUUUAACGAUUGAAUCAAUAAAGGUUGUCGAUGAUGGUUCAACGCCAGGAACGGACACUAAAAAGCGCGGCACACCAGCCUGGGUGAUUGCACUUGCUGUUGUGGGUUCGAUACUUCUGCUGGUUCUGAUCGUUGUCAUAGUGAUAAUUAUAAUCAAGUUGAACAUGAAAAACAAAGUGGAGGUAGUUGAGGUUAUGGGAGGCGAAGGGUCGAACAAUCGAAACCAACCUACGGUAAGAAGAACGACAACUGUACGCCAAGCAGACGAACCUCGACAUCUUCCAGGAGAGGCGGGACCAGGAAGACAAGAAGCGCCGCCCAAUCGGGGCAGUCCAAGGGGAGGAGGCGUUGUGACCUUGGCACCAGUUGAUGAUCCCGAUUUAUCGCACGUAUAGGGAAAAAGAUAAAUAAAAAUGUUCUAACUCAAGUAAUACAUGUUAUUUUAUACUUAACAAUUAUACUUUUUUAUUUAAAAAAGUAUGAUUUCUAAUUAAUAUAAUCUGUUUAUAGAUUGAAAUACAAACAAUUCAACAAAACUGCCUGAAAUCAAACACUUUAUUUUUUAUCUUAAAGAAAUAUGCUUGAAUAACGUUUAUUUAAUAAUUGAUGUGUGAAUCGGUGUUGAAGAAUUGUAAAAGAGAAAUCAUAUUGUAAAUUAAUACAUGUAUGUUCACGAAUAUUGCCGGUUUGUUGAAGGACAUAUAGCGUUAUUGCCUGUGAUAAACAAGUUGUAUAAUAUUGUUGUGUAUAGUUAAAGUUUAUCUUGUAUUGUAAAUCUCAUCAAAUGUAAUUGGUUUAUCAUUUUCUUAUGCCAGCUUAUGAAAUCGGUUAUUUAUUAUUUUUUAAUAAAACUUAAGUCAUAGCGUAUCAUCUAAUAGUACUUUGAUAUUGAGAUGAUUCUAUGAAAGUGUUUAUGACUAUGCGAAAUAAAAAAAAACCCGAUCUAUUUGAGCCGCGUCACAACAAAACCAACAUAGUGCGUUUGCGACCAGCAUGGAUCCAGACCAGCCU